AUGGAGCCAAACCAAACUUCGUCCUCGGUCCAAGCUGCUGCCAGCAGAGCGUCCAUUCAAGCAUUGAGACAACAAAGCACCUCGAGCAGUAACUCGGCCCCAGGCAACAAUAGCAGCAGCACAAGCACUGGCACAAUCAGUGGCAGUGGCAACAGGAACGGCUCUGUCACUCCCACCGGGACAGCUAUAUCAGUUUUCUUUCAGGAACUCACGUCUACUACCUCCACGAGGCAACAGCAACAGCAACAGCAACAGCAACAACAACAACAACAGCAAGAACAACAAGCGACACCGGCCUCUUCCGCGGCAUCGUCCUCGAAUCACCACUACAACAACCAGCAAGAGCAGAACCGGUGCUAUAUCUGCUUUGGAACCGAUGAGGAUAGUGUUGGCCGAUGGGUUAAGCCCUGCCAGUGUACCUUAAUCUCACACGAGGACUGUCUUCUAGACUGGAUUGACAAGAAUCGUCAGCAGUUUGCUAAAAAACAGGUUCGAUGCUCAGUCUGCAACACGGUAUACAGACUGGCAGAGCCAAACUCUCUGCUACUGAACAUUUACUCGACCUUCGACUCGCUGGUCCAUGCGGGCAUCCCUUAUCUGACAUUUCUUGGACUGACCUGUUCCGUUUUGAUUACGAGCACCACCUAUGGAGCGUACGCAGUUUUGACCGUUUGCGGGACAUUGGAGGGCGAAAAGUUAUUGGGCAGCCCCAACCCAUGGGGAUGGCGCGUCUGGGUGAUCGACUCGUUUAUGCCUCUGAUCCCUCUACUGAUUGUGGGUAACGAGCAACUGCAGGUCACCUUCCCACCAAGUCCUGCAUUGACGCUCUCAGUCAUGCCCUGGGUCAGGAUGGCUUACAACAGCAUGUGGGCCGAGAUGGUCUCGCGACUGGAAACGCGUUGGCGUCAGCAGCAGAUUGCAGGAUCGGGGGUAGCAAGACUCGGGAUGAAUGCGAGCAUAGAGACCUCGGACCCAGAUCCCACAACAGCCAAUGCAGCAGCGAUCGCUGCAGACGAAGAGCUCUCGUUCUUUGACAGGAAGGAUCUUGGACGCACCAUCGUGGGGGCUCUUUUGAUGCCUGCCAUCUCUUCCAUCUGCGGAAGCUUCUUGGGCCACUUUUCGUUUGUGCGGACGCGUAUCCCAGACAACUUUCACAGGAACAUUCUUGGAGGAUGUCUGUUUGUGGUGGUGAAGGAUCUGGCAGGACUCUUUGGGACGUACCAGGAACUCAAGCGUAAGCGAGUGCGUCGCAUCCGCGAAUACGCCGAGUUCAAAGACGAGCGGCAAUAG